AUGACAGAUUUUCCAAAUGUCUCUGCCUAUUGUCAACAUCUCAAAUCUCUGGCAGAUCAACUCAAGAAUGUCGGCUCCCCAGUCACUAACGAUCGACUAGUUCUUCAACUGAUUUCUAGCCUUAUUGAGCCCUACCAAGGAGGCCGUGCUAAGAAAGUGACCCAAAGCUUCUCCGCUGCCUUAGUUGCUCGCUCGUUUGAGUGUGCUCCUGAUGUUCCUGAUAAUUCCUCUUCCAACCGCAAUUCUAAUGAUGGUAAGAAGAACCACAAUCGAAGCAAUAAUGGGAAAAAAUAUCGCGUCAACAAUGGUGGUCGUGGAGGCGGCAAAGAAGCUGCUAGCAGCGGCGAUAAUACAGGCCGUGGUGGUCAACUAGAAGGCGGCAACACCCGCGAUACUGGGUAG